CGGGGCCAUGCAAAGCCGGCGGGAGGCAGCCGCCUAGCAGUGCCAGCCGCAUCGCUCGGAGAGGAGUCGGGCAGCUGCGCCUCGACGGGACGGACACGGAGCGCUCCAGCCGCCUCCAGGGCCUCGCGCGCUGCCGCGGAUAGCUGCCGAUGGGCCCGGCGGGGCGGCGACCGGCGCUGCUGCUGCUGCUGCUGCUGCUGCGGACGGCUGCAGAAGGCCCUUUGAGAAAUGCUCCUUCGCGGACCCGAAGAGGACUUCUCCAGCUUGCCGGAACGAUUCAGUGCAGCACAGGGCGCUCUGCCUUAGCCUACAUGCGCUAUGGGUGCUACUGCGGGCUGGGAGGGAACGGCUGGCCCCGGGACAAAACGGACUGGUGUUGCUUGAAGCACGACUGCUGCUACGGGACAGCAGAGAAGGAGGGCUGCACACCCAAGUUUGAGAGGUACACAUGGAAAUGCAAGGACAAGGCGGCUAAAUGUGAUGAUAUAGAAGACAAGUGCAAAAGAAUGACUUGUGAAUGUGACCGUGAAGCAGCCAUGUGUCUGGCAAAAGCCCCUUACAAUGCCAGGCACAUCCCAAAAACGGACAGCUCCUGCUCUGGGUCUGGACACUUACUAGCAGUUUGGCAAUAAUGUCCUCCAGCUCCUCCUCCUGACUGGGGCAGAUGGUGUGGAUGAAGGGGAGGAAGACGUCCGUGUAGUCAAAGAGGUACAGAUACAGCAUGGUGAGCCGAGGGGAGCUCUUCAAGGCGUACAGCAGGAACAGCGACUUCCCAGGAUGCACGGCCUGAAACGUGCAAGGGGGGAAAGCUGGCCAUUUGCCGGAAGAUUUGGAUGUAUGCACAACAGCAAGCAAAAGCAAGGCACAGUGCAAGACGGCGUCUGUUAAAUAAAGCUGCGUUUCAUUCCCCUCUGCAUCCAUUGAUGCAGCUCUCUAGGCAUAUAUCAUAAGAUCUAAGUCAUAUUAAACACGAGUCAUA